GCUUUCAGUGAUCAACAUAAGCUUCCUCUUCUUAGCACACCAUCUAGGCUUCCUUGCAAAUGCUAUUGGUGUUUCUUUGAAGACGUGCAAGCAGAUCCAUCAGGCCGUGGGCUGGAUAACCGGCGUUCUUCUUAUUUUACACAUCAUCAUGGCCAUGAUAGAUGAACAGAAGGGCUGGAGCCUUCGUAAGAAAGCCAAUCUCUUCGCGUUUAUUGGUGCUAUGAUGAUGGCCGUGCUUCUAUUGUUAUCCUUCCCUGUCGCGCGUCGAUUCCUCUACGAGCCAUUUCUUCGACUACACCAAGCCUUAGCCACAGCUUGCAUAUAUUUUGUGUGGCAUCAUCUACCAUCCGAUAAUCUACUGCCUCGGCUAUAUGUUUACAUUCCGUUAGGCCUAGUGCUACUUACAUUCCUAGUCGAAGUCUAUCUUUUUGUCGUUAGGAAUGAUGUCUUCCCCUCACGUCCUUAUUCUCGUGCCUCCAUUAGAUGUGGCUAGAUGCAGGAUACAUUGAUUCAAGAUAUAACCCCGCUGAAAGUAAGGGUUACACUUCCACGGCCUUUAUAUAUCCAGGCGGGUCAAUACAUAAACCUCUAGGUACCUACGGCAAGCCUCUUCUCCUGGGUUCAGACACACCCAUUCAUGGUGACAUCUUGGUCACCAGAAAAACAAGAUGCCCUAGAGCUUUUUGUUCAACCUCGGAAAGGGCUCACAGAGACCAUUUACCACCGUACAGCCCUGGAUGGCUAUACAUCCUUGACAGCAUUUAUUACCGGGCCGUAUAGAGUCAGCAAAUCCGUGGACCAUUACGAAUGUAUCCUAGCAAUUGCGACCGAUUUUGGUAUAGCAGGAGUUAUCUCUUACCUGAAAAAGCUUCUCUACGGAUAUAACACUUAUACCUCACAAGUGCGUCGGGUACAUUUCGUGUGGGAAAUCCAAACUUUGGAUAUUGCGGUUGCAGCGCAACCACUUCUAAACAGCUUGCUAAGCGAUGAUGUCUUAGAUGAUGGCUAUAUUAGUUGGGUCUUUUGA